GCUAUAAAUAAGUCUCAAAGCCAUUACUUUAUCACUUUUCUUCAUCUUCUCGUUACCUUCCUAAAAGUUGUAUAUCUGCUUCUUGAAUAUAUAUUUUUAUUCUUCUUGUGCUGCAAACAUUGUAUAUAAACACUGAAAAACUUGACCAGAUUAAGAACAUUUUCUGAAUAACAAUCUUUUUGGAACUUCAUAUGGAAUUCAACACUCUGCUAAAUACUUCAUUGGAUCUUAAUGUCACACCUUUAAGAUUUCCAGAUGAGAGAAGUGCUUUGAUAGAUGAACUAAACCGUGUUAGUGCGGAAAACAAGAGGCUCACAGAAAUGAUAACGGUAGUGUGUGAAAAUUACAAUGAAUUGGAAAACAGAUUAAUCGAGUAUAAAAUCAACAAUCCAUCAAUGGAUAAUACUGCAGCAUCGAGAAAAAGGAAAACUGAAAUCAAUGGCUCAGCUUCUGAGAGCAGCUCUAGCGAUGAAGAAUCAUGCAAGAAACUAAAGGAAGAACACAUCAAAGCAAAGAUUUCGCGGGUUUUCGUUCAAACACAAGCAUCUGAUACAAGCCUUAUUGUUAAGGAUGGAUAUCAAUGGAGGAAAUAUGGACAGAAGGUGACUAGAGACAACCCUUGUCCAAGAGCUUAUUUCAAGUGUUCUUAUGCUCCUACCUGUCCAGUCAAAAAGAAGGUUCAAAGAAGUUUAGAGGAUCAAUCCGUUCUAGUUGCAACCUAUGAAGGGGAGCACAACCAUCCACACAUGUCCAAGCAUGAGAUGGCUUCGGGCUCAAACCAUUGUGUGACACUUGGCUCGAUCCCUUGCUCAACCUCUCUUAGCUCGUCUGAACUGUCCAUUACUCUUGAUCUAACGAAACAAAAGAUGAGCCGUGAUGCGAGAAAUUCAAAUGGCAAAGUUCAUACACCAGAAUUCCAACAGUUUUUGGUAGAACAAAUGGCUUCUUCAUUGACUAGAGAUCCAAAUUUCAUAUCAGAGCUAGCAGCUGCUAUUUCUGGAAAUUUUCUUCAACACCCUGAAAGGCAGAUGGCCAAAUGAAGAGUACGAUUUUUGUCGUGACUUGUUUCACCUCUCUUGUACAUGACUUCUUUCGGAGUUUCUAAAAGCUUCUCACAUUAAUGGAAGAUCUCAUACAUCUUUGCAAUAAAAACUUGUUACAUUGUAUACUCA